GCGCCGAAAUUGCAUUAAGUUUGUGAGAUCACCACAAAGCCAAGUGCACUUCCUGCCAUGAACGGCCAACUGCGCGCGCUCGGGGCGCUCCGCGGCGGAGUGCUGGGGUUACGCCGCACAUCAAUCUCUCGAGGUCAUAACGUACUGCACCUUCGUAGUGCACAGGCAGCUCUCCCAACUUUGGGCGCGCCCUUUUCGCGCGGCAAUCGGCACUUUUCCACCUCCGAUUCUGUCCCUCCGACGCUGGAGCUGACGAUGACCGACGGACAGCUCACAGGUGAGAUCUAGAAAUCCAGUGCAACUGCCACGAGAUGAGAGCUGACAUAGUUGCGUAUGGUAGACGUUGCCGCUUCGGUGGCGAGUAGCAGCACGGGCCACGAGCCAUGGGCUAUCGUGCAGGGCGUGCAAUCGGUCCUGGAGAUGGUGCACACGACCACAGGGCUGCCUUGGUGGGCUACGCUGUUGCUUUCGGGUGUGACGGUGCGCGCUGCCAUUUUCCCGUUCUACGUGUUCCAGAUCCAGGCCAUGCAGAGGUUGAUGCGGGCGAGGCCGGACUUCAGUAAGCUCUACUCGGCGUACAAGUACGCGCGUACUUUCACUCCUGGUUCCGACCACAAGGGACACCUCGAUGCUAUUUUACUCGGACGCCGAGGCUCCAAGGCAGUGAUGAAGAAGUACAACACGCGCCCUAUCCAGACUAUCAUGGGCUCCGUUGCGUACAUUCCCCUGUUUGCCCUAAUGGCGUUCAGUGCCCGUGACAUGAUACGCUCUGGGAACUUCGCAGGAUUGGACUCUGGCGGUCUAUUAUUUUGGACGAACCUGAUGGAGACGGAUAGCACGUACGUGCUGCCUAUUCUCGCUGCGACGUCAACGUACGGCAACUUGGAACUCUCUGUGCGGACCAAAAGUGGGUUUUGGACAACGUUGCUGCAGGGAGGGCAAUACAUCACAAUCCUUGCCGUCCCGGUCAUGGUCAAUCUGCCCCAGGGUGUUUUCUUCUACUGGCUUGGGGCCUCAUGGUCGUCCAUGGCUCAGACCAUCGCUAUGAACAACAACAACUUCCGCCGACGUAUCGGACUCCUGCCCCGAGUCACGGAAACACAACCACCUGCUGCAGCUGUAGCUGAGAUGCUCGGCAAGGCCCCACCGGAUGCCACGGGAGGUGCGACGGUCGUCAAGACGGCGCCCACAAAAUCUCAGCAGUAAUAAAGCGAAGAAAACCCCAAUGUAUUAGAUGGCAUUGGUAUUUCUGAUUCAAUAAAAGAAAUUUGUAGGAGUGUCCAGCGGUGAA